AUGGACUCAUUAUAAAAACAGAAGUAGCUUAUGGUUGAGUAAUUGAAUAAGUUGGAAUACAUGGAUAAAAUCCUUCCUUUGCACAAGGAUGAAGUUUAGGCAGAGAAGAAACUGUAAGUUCAGAUCAAUAGUCUAAAUUUCAAAAGAAUAAUAGAAGGGUAGGAGAAUAAUAAAUUGAUGGCAGAAAUCGAGGAGUCGAAGCUGGAUGUGCAAAAGAAUAGACAGAAGGCCUUUCAGAAAUACUUCACUUCAUUCAUGCCAGAGAAACAGCAACAAGAUGUCAAUAUACUUGAAUUCAACCAAAGUGAUUUCGAAGUUUUUCAACAAUUAAAGGAGAAACAAAGACAGUUGGCAUAGGAAGAUCUGACCAUAGCUCGACAGAAGGAGAAAAGCAACCAGAUAUUUGAAUAGAACCUUAUGAAGAAAUGGGAUAGAGUGAGGAAAAGUAGUAUAUUGAAUUAUUCUAAGAGUUGCGUAUGAUUGGCAGAAUGAAACGAUUAUAUGACGAAGUAAAAUUAUAUGGUACAAGCUGUAGAGUGGAGACUUCGAUAAAAAGACAUGAAGUUAUUCAGGAACUGGAAUAGAUGCUCAACAAACAGAAUUAGCAAAUAAGCAAGCCUAUGCCGCAGAAACACAGUAAUAUUAUAGUAUAUGAACUUAUUAGAGCAUCUAUUCUUGCCAGAUUCAAAGUUCAAGAAAUAUUGGCAAUAUGUUCUGAUGAUACUAUUGAUUUACACUGCCUUUAUCACUCCAAUUCGAUUGGCAUUCAUAGAGGAAUUCAACAUUGUAUGGUUUACUUUGGAAUUAACAGUAGACAUAUUAUUUAUGUUGGAUAUCCUAAUUACUUUUAAUACAGCAUAUUUCAAUGAGGAAGGAGUCCUUAUAGUUGAUCGUCAACACAUAGCAAAUUAGUAUCUCAGAACUUGGUUCAUAUUCGAUUUGAUGGCCAUAUUCCCAACUGAUCAGAUCUUUUCGAAUGAGGCUCAAAAGUUAUCGCAGUAUUUCAAGUAUGAAUAUGAAUCAAAGGCAAUAUAAUAGAUUGACAAGACUGCCUCGAAUGUAUAAAUUGAUAAGUAUCAGCAGAAUGUGGUCAACUGUUUAGAAUUCUCAGAAUCACAAUGAUUGCUUCUCUGCUAUUCAAGACCUGAUAAACUUGAAUUCAACAACUGUAAGAGUACUCAAAUUUUUUGGGACUGUCCUUGUUUGUGUACACAUAAUGGGUUGUCUCUGGUAUUUGGUUGCAAAAUUGAAUAAAUUUGGACCCAACACAUGGGUAUAUGAAUUGGAUUUACUGAACAAAAGUGAAUAUGAAUUGUACUUAACCUCCAUCUAUUGGGCAGUAGCAACUAUAUGUACAGUGGGAUUUGGAGACAUCCAUGCCUUCAAUGAUAGUAAAGUAUUAAUUAUACAUAGCUGAAAGAAUUGUGUGUAUAUUUUGGAUGUUCUUUGGAGUCGGUUUCUAUUCCUUUACUGUUGGUUCCCUCUCCACGUUGAUGGGAACUUUGGACACAAGAGAAUCUCAUCUCCAAAGCAAGAUUACUUUUAUGGAUGAAUUUUGUGAGGAAACCAAAUUGUCCUUGUAGAUGAAACACAAAAUCAGGAAAGUCUUGGAAUACAAUUCAAUGAUUAACAUAUUCUCCUCUGCUGAGGUGGAUGAGUUCCUAUCUGAAAUACCUACCAAUCUCAAAUAUCAAAUUGCUUAGGCCAUGUAUGCUGGUCUCAAAAAUAGAGUCUCCUUCUUUAAGAACAAGGAUUCAGUCUUCAUCUCCACUCUCAUUCCUAAAUUAUAGCCUUUAAAAAUAAAUGCUGGAGAAUUUGUAUACACUAAGGGAGAAUAUCCUAAUUAAGUCUAUUUCAUUGUGAAUGGCAGAGUCAAUAUGGUCAUUGGAGUGUAUUCAAUCACAUUCAAAACAUACGUAACAGGUAGUUAUUUUGGGGAAAUUGAAAUAUUUGAUAACAGUGCACGCUUUCAUUCAGCCAGAGCUGAAUUGGAAUGUGAAUUGUUGGCAAUUGAAUAGGAUGUAUUUAAAAAAAUAUUGCAAGCAUUCCCAGAAUAUUUUGAAGAAAUUAAAGCCAUUUCAUUAGAAAAAUUAAAGAGGGAGAAGGAGGCCAUUGAAAAAUUAUAAGAUUUAACUGGAUUAUCCCAAACCUCUGAAUUCUUUAAUAAGAAAAGGACUCAAUCUAUUUACAAAUCAAUCAAGUAGAGAGAAUCUGUGCAUUUCAUAGAUUAUAGUGAAGAAUCAGAAUAAGAAUUGAAAUCAAUGAAAUCCAGCAAAUUUGGCUUCUUCAAAAAGAAAACCAAUCAUUUAAUACCUGAGGAUACUACUAGAUUACAUACAUAAGAGGAUACUUCCCAAAAGAAUCUUAUUGUUUCAGAAAGUAGUCAAAAAAAGACUGAAGAACCAGACAAAGUAAUUACAUUACCAAUUCCAGAUUAAGUGAAAAGAGAAAGCGAACAUAAAAUUAAAUUGCAUGGUGAAGUUCCUCCCGCUAUUUCUUAAUUUAAUGAGGAUCUAGAUUAGAAUCAAAAUGAAAAAACUAAUCUGAGAAUCCAAAGUGAAGAACCAAACCGUACUCCCUAAACUAAAUAAGUUAGAUACAUAAGUCAGAAUCUCAGAUGUAGUCCCAAGAGAUAGGAACACAGAAAAUCAUCCAUUUAGAUAACAUCCCCUAAUGAGAAUCCAGGCUCUGAUACUCCUUUAAUCUCUUCUGUAAGAUCUAACUUUAUUAAACCUUCCAUUAAAAUCGACGAGGCCUCUUAUGAAUCAGAAGGGUCUAAUAAAAACUCCCCCAAUAUGUCCGUACAUCCACAUAAUGCAUUCUAUAAUGCUUAGUCUGCUCAAAAUUCGCCUAGAAGAAGUUCGAACCUUUCGAAAUUCACUUAAGCUUCUCCUUUUUAGAAACAACCUUCAAUCUUCAAAAGUGUUAGCAAUCAAUAUAUUGAAGCUAGUAAACUCAAGAAUUUACCUAAAUUGGGUGGAUUUAGAAGAACGUAUAGAAAAGAAAGAGAAAUUGAAGUUUUAGAGGAGACUAUUGAAAAUGAGGAUUACACUUAAUUGCAACAAAAAUUAGUGGAGUUAUUGGAGAAGAUAAAGAAAUAAAAAGAGCAAUAAAAAGUCAAAAAAUAAUAAAUCAAAUUCAACAUUAUAAAUCCAUUGCCUAAAAGGAUUGUUUUGGAAUAAAAAGAUUCUUUGAGUAUUCCAGAUCUACCAAAUAUUGAAUAAUAAUAAUUAUCUUAAUAAGAUAGUAAUAGUAGUGGUAUAUUAGAAUGA